GAAAUCUUCAAACGCAACAACAUAUACCACCAAGUACAGCAGGAGUGUUUGCAGCACUUGCUGGGACAUUUUGAAAAUACCUUUUUACAAUAAUUAGGAAUCAGCAAUCAUUUGAAAAUUGUUUACAUAUUUCAAAUCAUUCUGACAGUUGUGGCCGGUGGCCGUUGACUUUAAUAUUUUGACAGUAAUGAAAGAUCCGAAAUGUUGAUAGAACAGACAUUCGAAAGUCAGAAAAGACGAGUGUCCAUAGUCGCCAUAUUGUUAAUUUAGUUCAUCCAGGAUAUGCCGCCAUAUUGCUAGAUCACAAUUUUUUCCGAUAGGCAGAAAUUUGGGGCAUUAUUGCAUUUUCCUUAUCCGAUAUUUAUGUAUUGAGAACCAAAUUUGUCUGACGGCUCGAGUUCUAUACGUACGAGAGAGAAGUGUGUAGACACAUGAUAUGUUGGAAGGUGAUAGAAGCAGGAUGGAUAACGAAGUUCAUCACCGCGUUGCCUAGCCACUCUGACGCGGCAAUCAGCCGUGUCAUCAAUAUGUUAAUUGCUUGAAUCAAGAUGCAUGUUGGAAAUAUGCAUUAGUUUAUUCUCAACGCCCAAAUAUUGCUUUUGAGCAUACACAUUUUUAAAUUGUAAAGAAUCAUUGUAGGUCAAAAUGAAAAGUCAGGAUGGCCACAAAUUCUACAACAUUGCAUCAUUGGUUCGCUUGGCAACACCGCAUCUCGUACAUUCCAACGCCAGGUUUCCACCUCCAUGAUCGUAGAUGAGCGAUUUUGGUCAGUACCCAUCUAGUCGCAAAACUCAAGCCAUUAGACAAAUUUGGUUUUCCCUGUAUUCUACUUUGCCAAAGUCAACCCGUCAUUUUGCCAUUUCAGAAAUUUCUUCGGGAAAAGGAUUUGAUUUACCAGGAAGCCCAUAUUUAAAAAAGAGACUGAGACACUGCAGAGUUGAAAGAUUUUCUAGGGCUAUCAGGUUCUAAUUUCAACCGUUGAGAAGAUUCCUGAGUAGGAAAGAGAAAGUGUUUUUUACAAAAUAGUCGUGAGGAACCCUCAAUUGGACGUAUUUGUGGAACGGGUUCGAUAAUGGAACAAGACCAGCGGAACCGAAUCCUUAAAUGGAUCUGGACUGCCCAACACUAUAUCACUUGUGAUAGUUUUUCACCCAGCAUAUAUGCGACGUAGCCAAACUCUCGAACAAGGCUUCUAAUAGGCCAGGAACACUAGAUAUU